UUUCCUUUUUUCAGUGAAAAAGAACUGUCGACACAGAACUGUGAACUUUUUUUUUGAUAUAUUUUUCUGUAAAUUUUUCGUGUUUUCGGAAGGAAACGGGUGAAAAUGUCAGAAGGAAUACCAUGCUCGGAUACCGGUGGCGUGAAGCCAAUGACCAUUGGUGGUCGUAUGGUGCGUGAACGGGAAAGAUGUAUUGGAAUGACUCCAGAGGAACGAGCCUGGCGAGCUCAAUACUUAAAAGAUCAAAUUUUGACCGAACGUGAACCCGUUUUCGUCAAAGAAUUGCACGAACAAUUCCGUAAUCCACUUCGUCGAUGGUACAUGAAGCCAUUGGAUAACCUCCUGCUCGAACCAUUGAUCCCGAGAAUUGGUAGAGAACCAGCUACAAUCAUUCGUACGAUGAUCGGCAAAAUUGGAUUGGGAAUUGCAUUCACCUAUGCUGUAAUCUAUUAUUUUAAGUACAAUCCAAAUGAUUGGACAAAAAAAUCGGGAUGGAAAGUGAUUCAUUCACGUAAGCGUGUCGUUCCAGGCGAUCCAGGCUUUCCACAGCUGUCGGAUAGAUCAGAGUUCGGUGACUAUGCAUCAAAAGGAUUCAAAAAUAGCCCAAUCUAAUUGCUUGAAUUUAUCCAAUAUAGAGAGCAGCGAAGUUUUUUCUUUUCACGUAGUAACUGAAUUUUACCAAUAAAAUGUAAGAAAGAGACAAU